GGUGGCAUGAAAACCGCAGCCUAGCCCAGUCUAACGGGGCCCUGCUCUUGUGAAGAAACUACUGUGGUACAGGUUCAUCAAAAGUGAGCGUCACCAUGAUAAUACUUCCUAUGAUUGCUUCUAUUCUGUGGAUGGUGUAUAGCUUUCUGAGCGAGUGGCUUCUGCGAAGGCGUGCACCUCCUGGAAGUAGGCUGCCCCCUAUGCCGCCAGCGAGCAGUUACCGAGGACACGUUGAGUUCUUUCGCCCGGACUUCCACCGGACAAUUUGCCUCAAGUGGGCGAAAGAGUAUGGACCCGUGUUCAGGAUCAAGAUAAACGUUCUGAAUGUCGUCAUCCUCAAUGACUAUGAGAACAUCAAAAAAGUAUUCAACAGAAAGGAGUUUCUUUACCGGUCACAUAUAUUUGCUGGCAAUCGUGAUAGCUACAAAGGCCUCGGUUCGCUGAAUGGAGAAGCUUGGUCUGCAAACAGAAGAUACUGCUUGACUAUGUUGCGCGACUUGGGUUUUGCUAAGACUGCAAUGGAAGGCCACAUGAUGGAAGAAUUCCGACGCGUGGCUGACAAGAUUGGCGAAGCACAUGGCAAGCCGCUCGACCUAAACGAGUUCGUGGUGCCAUGCGCAUUCAACAACAUCGUAUCUUUCUUCUACGGUGACCUGUUCACCCACGACCACCCGAUGCGCUCAAAGCUCCACGGCUUGAUGAACCAAGCGGCGCUCGUGCUGUUCGCCGGGUCGGGCCACCACUUCCUGCCAAAGAUUCUACGGCAGGUGCUCGCCUGGGUUCCUUUCACCCAAGAAUAUCGUAUCGCAGAAGUGAUGGCGAAACUGGAUGCCUUAUCGAAGGAGCAAAUUGAGGCCUACAAGAUGACAAAGUCUGGAGAAAAAGAGAAUGACUUCAUUCUAGGGUACGUGAAAAAGAUACAAGAAAGCAGGAAUGAAUCCAAUUCCUUCUUCACAGACGGCUACCUCGUUGGAAACAUAAACUCGUUUCUCAUGGCCGGUACCUUCAGCACAAGCAUGACGAUGACGUGGCAGAUGAUAAACUUUGCGAAACAUCCGGAUACCGUGCAAGCCAGGGUGCAACGGGAAAUCGAUGAGGUGAUCGGCCACAAACGCCGGCCAACAUGGGAAGACCGGAAGCGGAUGCCAUACACCAUGGCCUGUGUAUUGGAAGUUCAGCGCUGGAAGACUCCCUCUGCGCUAGGCGUUGCAAGAGAGUGCGCAGAGGAUGUGGUCAUUGGUGAUAUCUUCAUACCGAAGGGAACAAUAGUUCUUCCUAACAUGUGGGCUGUUCAUAACGACCCGAGUCUCUGGAAAGAGCCCACAAAAUUUUACCCUGAACGCUACCUCACUGAAGAUCGGAAAUCACUUUUGCACAAGCCGCAACAUUAUAUACCGUUUUCCAUCGGCCAACGAGCUUGUGCAGGAGAAACGUUUGCCAAAAUGGAGAUAUUUCUUCUAAUCACAUUUUUACUUCAAAAAUAUCGUGUUGUAGCUGAGCAUCCAGUAGAGUGCGACUUAGAUGCUCCCGAGACUGAAAUCUGGAACAUCAAUCACAUCAAGCUGCGUUUCUUGCCAAGAAAGCUUGGCACACUUUAGCUAGAAUAUAAAAGCCUAAGUAAUCUCAGAGUUGGUAUUUGGAUACAAACAGGAUGCGAAUGCGGCUAUGGUA